UAUUAACAGUACUGUAUGUGAGGGCUCAGAAGGAAAUGAAGAAGUAAUAGGAAACAUGAAGAAACUGUAUUUUUCCUGUAUUAUGAUAGAAUGCUUAACCGAACAGUGCUACAAUGUUAUUUUGAGAGAUAAAUUUAUAAACCAUGAACUUGGAAUUUUAUUUGAGAUUCCAAGAAAAGUGUUGAAAUUCCUUUUGUUUAUGGUACAAUGUGGGAAAACAAGAGAGAGAAAAAAAAUAUUGAGAGAACUUUUAGCAAAAAGGAAUCAGGACUUGAUGAUUUAGAAGAUUUUCAUCUUACCAAAUUCCCACGACGCUAAAAUUAGCACAUUCAAUGUCAGGAAAUUGAGCUCUUGUACUCUGAAGAGAAGGUAAAGCGAGUGACCUGACAGCCUUUUGCUAAUGUUUCUGAAGUAGCAACAUUUCAUAGUAUUCAAUCACACAAAGGACUCUGAAGAGUUUAGGCAAUAUCAAUGGAGGAACAAAUGACAGGGAAAGGAAUAAAUAAAAGAAAUUCACUAGAAUUGCAAAUGAAAACUGCCUAAUAAUAUUACUUAGCUGAAAACAUGUGCUUCCCCUUAAGAAAAAUGAAGAAUUAUUCUGAGGGCAGAGCUGCAGGACAAGAGGGAAGAAUCCUGAAGCCAGAAGGUAAAACUGACAGCCACUGAGGAUUAUUUCAAGGUGCCAAAAUGUAGUGGAGCCUCACAUGCUGGAUUUCAAAAUUAUUUGCGUUGAUGAUUCUUUUUUUGAUUCUAUCUUCUCCCUCUUUGAACAGAAAUGCCUCUAACAGGGAAACUAUCUCUGUCCUACUAUUGCGUUAUGAAAAGAGUAAAAUGUACUCUUGUUUUACAAGUCAAAGUUUGAAGAGAAAUUUUUACCCAUAAUGGAUCAUACCCAUAGUCACAACCAAUACCAGAUUUACAUGGUGAGAUUUUUGGAUAUUUAAGCUGAUGAAGUUUAUUUAUGGUGAGGUAAUUUAAUGUGUUGAGCUUUUGGAGAUUUGAUAUGGGAUUUACAUACUUUGCCUGUGGGAUAGAUAUUCCUUUGGGGAACUGAGAGAGAACUAUUGUAAACAGAGCAGUGGUUCCCCAACAUACCGGUAUCAUAAUCCAAAGAACCAGUAGAUGUAUAACCUAGAUGAAAAGAAGCAUUUUUCAAAUAUAAUUACAUUAAGGAUCUUAAGAUCCUUUAACACAGCCAAUUAUUCUGUUAUCUGUGUGGACCAAAUGUAAUUACAAUACUCCUAAUGAGAGAAUACAAGGUCAGAAGGUAAAACAAAAGAGAAAGAAAAAUAUAAUUCCUAUAGCCUUCAACAAAAACACAACCCUGAAGACCCGUUGCAGACUUCUGACCACCAGAAAUUGGAACACAAUACAUUUGUGUUGAUUUAUUUGAUAUAUAAUAUUUUACAUAUUCAGGUGGUACAUGUGAGUGUUUGUUAAUUGCAGAGAAUGUGUAAUGAUAAAGUCCAGGGCAUUUGGAAUUAUCCAUCACCCUGAGUAUUUAUCAUUUCUUUAUGUAGGAAAUAUUUCAAAUCCUCUAUUCUACCUGCUUUUAAAUAUACAAUACAUAUUGCUAACUAAAGUCCCCAACAUUCUUCUUGAACAUUAGAACUUGUAAAAUGGAGUAGCCACUUUGGAAAACAUUUAGCAGUUUCUCAAAAAUUCAAACACAUAGUUGCUAUCUGACCCAUCUAAACUAAAAUAGCAAUAAUAGCAACUCAAGUAUGUAUGGUCCUCUCUUUUGCUAGGAUUGUUUCUUUACUUCUCUUUACCUCACCUCUUAUUUCAUAGUCAGUAUCUUUGGAAUGCAAACCUGCUAUUUAAAAUUUACUCUUGUUUUUAGCAGUAAACAUUUUUCAAAAGUAUGUUUUCUUCUUUGUCAUUAUUAAUAUUUAUCUCUUGCCUAUAUGUUGUGGCCUUUUUGUUAUAUGUUUAACUUUUUUCUUGUAUCUGUUUGAGAGUAGAUCAUACAAUAUUUGCCACAAAAUAAUGUGAGUAAAUUCUGCAAUAUUUUCAGUGUAUUUGUGGGCACUGUUAAUCCUCCUCUUAAACUUUGAGCUGGAAACAGGGUUUGUAGAUUAAUUUAUUUUCCAAGUUUUAUUCUGAGCAACCUAAGGAAAAUACAGAGAAUCAUAAAACCCUAAUUAGGGCCAAUUAGAAAAUUUGCCUCCACAAAGAUUUGUUCUAAUUUUGUUAGAAUCAUGGUGCUGGAGAUAGAUAUCUACUCAAACCUCAUUUUAAGAUGAUUUAUCUUGUCCUUACUUAAUUUUGUUUAAAUAGAUUAAGGUCACAUGGGAAUAACAAUCUGCAUUAACUGGUACUUGUAUUCCUGAAAUUCUUUUUUGGUAUUUGAUGAGAGACAGACUUAUAAAACCACAAAUAUUAAAAACAACUUACAAAAUAAAAUAUGAAUGUUGUUUACACCAUUAAAUGUAGAAGAGCUAAGCCUGUAGUUGUAGAUUCCUGUUUCUAACCAGGUUAAUAUGUUUUGAUGAUGUUAGAUGUUAAACAUAAAAGACUAAAUAUUUUCAAUUUGUCUCAUUCUAAAGCACUUACAUAAUUUAGAUUAUGGCUAUUUAUGAUCUCCGACCCUGGUUGUCUACACCAGGGACGAUAACCAGCUGUCCACCUGGAUUGGAGUGUUUGCAUCAGAUAAAUCACUUAAUAGUGUGUCAACAUUUUGACCCUCUGGGAGCCCUCAGAAAAUUUGAAACUAGUAAAACAUAUGAAAUCUUGAACAAUCAAGGACAAAGAAUUUAUUUUGCAGAAGAGAGAAAUAAUUGCUUCCUUCGACACCUUUGUGGAUUUUCAAGGCCUUUUACUAUGACAAUUUAUGAUAAUGUAGGUAGAGAUAUACUUGCUCUGCAUAAGGCUCUGAAAUGUAGCUGUUGCUGGAGUAGAUGCUGCCUACAAAAGCUAAAAGUUGAAGCUCCCCCUGGCGAAACAAUUGGAUAUGUUUAUCAAUACUUUCACCCAUUCUUGCCAAAAUUCAAAAUAAAAAAUGAGAAUAAGGAGGAGGUAAUGAAAAUUAAAGGGCCAUGGUUGGUCUUCAGCUGUCUCAGGGAUCUAAAUUUUAAUUUAUUGACGCUGGAUGAGGAAAUGGUUAUUGGAAAAAUUUCAAAACACUUCUCUGGAUCUGUGAGGGGAAUAUUAACCAAUGGUGAGAAACUCGAGAUCCAGUUUCCAUUUGAUCUUGAUGUUAAAAUUAAAGCACUGAUGCUUGGAGCAACUUUCCUCAUUGAUUACAUGUAUUUUGAACUGUGGCCAUAAGACUCACCCUGAAAGAAUAUGUCAGAGAAUACUGGCAUUUGUUUUUGCCAGCCCUCAACAAAACUAAACAACUUUCACUGAAAAUAUCUAAAUAAAAUUUUAUUUUGCUAAAACUAUUCAUACAUAUUCUUACUGCAUAAUAAGCUAUACCAAAAAAUAUUAACUUAAA